ACAAGCUUCAAGGGAGGGAGAGGAGACGAGAGAGAGAAAGAAAAGGGAGGGAAUAGUUGGGAAGGGAGAAGAGAAAGGAAGAAAAGAGAAGAAUCACUGUUGUGUUUUCUUCAACUUUCUCUCUUCUGAGUGAAGGAGAAGUGAAGAAUGUGGAGAAAGGAAGCCACCAUGUUAUCAUGGUUGUUCAUGUUGGCCACAUUAACAGGGGUUGUCUUGUCCUCUGUUACAUACGACCACACGUCGAUCAUCAUCAAUGGCCAGAGGAGAAUCCUCAUCUCUGGGUCCAUUCACUACCCAAGGAGCACCCCUGAGAUGUGGCCGGACCUGAUUCAGAAAGCCAAGGAUGGAGGUUUGGAUGUCAUCCAAACAUACGUUUUCUGGAAUGGCCAUGAGCCUUCUCCUGGAAGAUAUUAUUUUGAGGAAAGAUAUGAUCUUGUUCGGUUCAUAAAGCUGGUGCAGCAAGCCGGCCUUUAUGUUCAUCUGCGCAUUGGUCCUUAUGUUUGCGCCGAAUGGAAUUUUGGCGGGUUUCCAGUUUGGCUGAAAUAUGUACCUGGUAUCAGCUUUAGAACUAACAAUGAGCCUUUCAAGGCGGCAAUGAGGGGAUUCACUCAGAAAAUAGUUAACAUGAUGAAGGCUGAGAGACUGUUUCAAUCUCAAGGAGGGCCUAUCAUCCUGUCACAGAUUGAGAAUGAAUAUGGUCCCGAGGAAUGGGAGAUUGGGGCUCCUGGCAAGGCAUACACAGCUUGGGCUGCAAACAUGGCGGUCUCACUUGGUACAGGGGUUCCAUGGGUUAUGUGCAAGCAGGACGACGCCCCGGAUCCGAUUAUCAAUGCAUGCAAUGGUUAUUACUGCGACUACUUCACUCCCAACAAGCCAUACAAGCCCAAGAUGUGGACAGAAGCGUGGACUGGAUGGUAUACGGAGUUCGGUGGAGCAAUUCCCCAACGGCCUGCUGAAGACAUGGCAUUUGCUGUUGCCCGUUUCAUACAGAAAGGGGGUUCCUUUGUGAACUAUUACAUGUAUCAUGGUGGAACUAACUUUGGUCGAACUGCUGGUGGACCUUUCAUCGCGACUAGCUAUGACUAUGAUGCUCCUUUAGAUGAAUAUGGAAUGAUCAGGCAGCCAAAAUGGGGUCAUCUUAAAGAUCUACACAGGGCCAUAAAGCUAUGUGAACCAGCUUUGGUAUCUGGGGAUCCUGCUGUGGCUUCACUUGGGCACUAUCAAGAGUCUCAUGUGUUCACCUCAAGAACUGGGGCUUGUGCUGCUUUCCUUGCAAACUAUGAUCAACAAGCCACUGCCACAGUAACUUUCAGGAACAGACACUAUAAUCUCCCACCAUGGUCAAUCAGCAUUCUCCCUGAUUGUACAAAUGUAGUUUUUAACACGGCAAAGGUUGGUGUCCAAACUACAAGUCCACAGAUGGUUCCUGUAAGCAACCUUGGAUCAUGGGCAUCAUAUGAUGAGUCAGUUGCUUCAUACAGUGAUGAUCCAUUCACAGUUGUGGGGCUUUUAGAACAGAUAAAUGUUACAAGGGACGUUAGUGAUUACUUGUGGUACAUGACAGAUGUCAAUAUAAAUGGAAACGAACAAUUCCUCAAGAAUGGCAGAUAUCCAGUACUCACGGUUAUGUCAGCAGGUCAUGCAUUGCAUGCCUUCAUUAAUGGAAAACUUGCAGGUUCUGUAUAUGGCAGUCUAGAGAACCCAAAGCUAACACUUACUACCAGUGUGAAACUCUGGGCUGGAAGCAACAGAAUUGCACUUCUAAGUAUAGCAGUAGGCCUGCCGAAUGUAGGCAACCAUUUUGAGACCUGGAAUGCUGGUGUUCUUGGGCCAGUCCAGUUAAGCGGUCUUAAUGAAGGCAGAAGGGACUUGUCGUGGCAAAAAUGGUCGUACAAGGUUGGACUUAAAGGUGAAGCUCUGAGCCUUCACACUCUGAGUGGGAGUUCGUCUGUUGAGUGGCAAGGAUCAUACAUAGUUCGAAGCCAACCACUAACGUGGUACAAGUCAACAUUUAAUGCACCACCUGGAUCAGAUCCUGUGGCUCUAGAUAUGGCUAGUAUGGGAAAAGGUCAAAUAUGGGUAAAUGGCCAACAUGUGGGACGCUACUGGCCUGCAUACACUGCAAAAGGCAACUGUGGUGGUUGCAGCUAUGUUGGAACCUUCAAUGAGAACAAGUGCAGAACAGGUUGUGGCGGUCCUUCUCAGAGAUGGUAUCAUGUUCCUCGUUCUUGGUUACGUCCAAGUGGGAAUCUUCUGGUGAUCUUUGAGGAGUGGGGUGGUAAUCCUUCGGGAAUCACUGUGGUGAGGAGAACAGUAGGAAGUGCAUGCGCUGAUGUUUCAGAGUGGCAUCCAUCUCUUUGGCACAUUAAAUCACUUGGCAAGCCUGAAAUGCCAGAAAAACCAAAGGUUCAUAUCUCAUGCACAGAGGGACAGAAGAUUUCUUCCAUAAAGUUUGCUAGCUUUGGGACGCCUCAAGGAACAUGCGGAAGCUUCCAGCAAGGAGUUUGCCAUUCUACAUAUUCAUAUGAGGCCUUUAAGGAAUGCAUAGGGCAGAGGUGGUGCUCUGUUGUUGUCUCAAAAGAGACCUUCCGAGGGGAUCCAUGCCCAGGCAUCAUGAAGCGAGCAGCUGUUGAGGCCAUCUGCAAUUAAAAGUGUGCUGAAAUACAAUCACAAAUAUGGAGUAUAAGCAUCAGCAGUAGUAUGGAGUAUAGACACAGGAGUAAAUGGGUUCAGUCAUAUUUAGCUGAUACACGAACCCAAUAGUAAUGGUUGUUGUCACCUGUAUAGAUACCCAAAAUCAGGCCAUUAUUUCAGUAGAUUGGACAUUUUGCAAUAACAGCGGCAGACCAUUUAGCAAAAAAUUGCAAAUGGUUCGAUCAGUAGCAUCUUGCUGUAUGUGCUUUAGUUAUUGGAUACAACAAGCUUGUAGUGCAAAAAUUAAGAAUUCAGUGUGCAGGAGAGUUGCAUAUGUAAUCACAGUUUCUCCAAGUGUAAAAAUAUCAGUGUAUGAAAGUUAUAAUAGUAAAAGUUUGUACCAUUAA